CCAAGGGGCGGGGUCCCGGGGUCCCUGAAAGGCGCGGACGGGGCCGGACCCACCCAGUCCCGCGCCUGCAGCCCGUGCUCCCCAGCCGCUGUCGCCUGCACCGGACCGGAGCCGCCAUGCCCAAGUGCCCCAAGUGCAACAAGGAGGUGUACUUCGCCGAGAGGGUGACCUCUCUGGGCAAGGACUGGCAUCGGCCUUGCCUGAAGUGCGAAAAAUGUGGGAAGACGCUGACCUCUGGGGGCCACGCUGAGCACGAAGGCAAACCCUACUGCAACCACCCCUGCUAUGCAGCCAUGUUUGGGCCUAAAGGCUUUGGGCGGGGUGGAGCCGAGAGCCACACUUUCAAGUAAACCUGGUGGUGGAGACCCCAUCCUUAGCUGCUUGCUGGGCCACUGUCCAGGCAAAUGCCAGGCCUUGCCCCCAGAUGCCCAGAGCUCCCUUGUAACCCCUAAUGCCCUCAAUAAACCGUUUAACAGUUGGAAAA